GAGAAGGGAGACGGACCCGGGCAUAGGGUGACGGUGGAGGUGGGAAUUAGGGGAAGAGAGGGCCCGCAUUCGGAACGAUAAGCCGCGGGGUCCCUUCCCUUGAUCGACUCGAUUCCCAGAAUCGUAUGCGAACCUCCCGACGAAGGGCAACGGUCACCUACCGGUGGGAAAGAAUAAGGAGGCGGACAUCAGAACGAGCUCUCUAUGUGACGCUGCGUGCGUGAGAGGCAGGGGUGUGAAUGCAGCAACCUGCCCUCCGUCACCCUCAGGGUCGGUGAGGCUGGGCACCGAGCACCCACCCCACCCCAGUCCCGUGACACAGCCCACUUCCCAGGAUGCUGACCAGCGCUCGGGCUGGAAGUCUCAAAGACCCCGAGGUGGCUGAACUGUUUUACAAAGAUGACCCGGAGAAACUGUUCGUCGAUCUGCGUGAGAUCGGACAUGGGAGCUUCGGAGCGGUCUACUUUGCGAGGGAUAUGCGAAGCAGUGAGGUGGUUGCCAUUAAAAAGAUGUCGUACAGCGGGAAACAGUCCAACGAGAAAUGGCAGGAUAUCAUUAAGGAGGUGAAAUUCCUGCAGAAUCUACGACACCCGAACACCAUCGAGUAUAAAGGCUGCUACCUCCGCGAGCACACGGCCUGGCUGGUGAUGGAAUAUUGUCUGGGAUCAGCCUCGGAUCUGCUGGAGGUUCACCGGAAGCCACUGCAGGAGGUGGAGAUUGCAGUCAUUACUCACGGUGCCUUGCAGGGAUUGGCUUAUCUCCACUCGCACAACAUGAUCCACAGAGAUGUGAAGGCAGGCAAUGUUCUCCUGACUGAGCCAGGACAAGUGAAACUGGCAGAUUUUGGUUCAGCCUCCAUUGUGGCUCCUGCCAACUCCUUUGUGGGGACACCAUAUUGGAUGGCCCCUGAAGUGAUCCUGGCCAUGGAUGAGGGGCAGUACGAUGGGAAGGUGGAUGUCUGGUCUCUUGGCAUUACCUGCAUUGAACUUGCGGAGAGGAAGCCGCCCCUGUUCAAUAUGAAUGCGAUGAGUGCCUUAUAUCACAUUGCACAGAAUGAGUCCCCUGUGCUUCAGUCUAACCACUGGUCGGAUUACUUCCGGAAUUUCGUGGCUUCCUGCUUACAGAAGAUUCCUCAGGACCGUCCCACUUCGGAGCUUCUGUUGAAGCAUGUGUUUGUGAAGAGAGAAAGGCCUCAGACCGUGAUCAUGGAUCUGAUCCAGAGAACGAAGGAUGCCGUUCGGGAACUUGAUAACCUGCAGUACCGUAAAAUGAAGAAAAUCCUCUUCCAGGAGACGAGGAAUGGCCCAGCCACUGACACACAGGAGGAUGAUGAGGAGUUGGAUGCCUGUGUGGGUCGCACUGGGACGAUAAACAGUGUAGAGAGCAGUCACUCUGUCCCAAGCAUGUCGAUCAGUGCCAGUAGCCAGAGCAGCAGCGUCAACAGCCUGGCCGAUGCCUCCGACGACAACAGCGAGAUCGCCAUGAUGCAAGAGGGUGAUCACACGGUCACCUCCAACAGCUCGGUGAUCCACCUGCGACCGGGUAACGACGAUCUCUACGAUGACCCGUACUCGGGGGAAAUGGAAGCCCAGCCCCCGGCCCCCUCCUCCUCCUCCACAUCUUCAUCUUCAGCAGCAGCGCGGAGGAGAGCUCAUUACCGAAACCGUGAGCACUUCGCAACCAUCCGCACGGCCUCGCUGGUGACGCGGCAGAUUCAGGAACAUGAGCAGGACUCCGCACUGAGGGAGCAGAUGAGUGGCUACAAGAGGAUGAGACGGCAGCACCAGAAACAGCUGAUGGCUCUGGAGAACAAGCUGAAAGCAGAAAUGGACGAGCACCAGCUGAGGCUCGACAAAGAGCUGGAGACACAGCGCAAUAACUUUGGCGCAGAGUGUGAGAAAGUCAGCAAGAGACAACAGAGCCUGCUGGAGAAAGAAGGAAAGGCAGCUGGAAUCGAGGAGAAAAAGUUCCAGCAGCACAUCCUGAGUCAACAGAAGAAGGAGCUGAGCAGCUUAUUGGAGGCACAGAAACGACAGUACAAACUCCGAAAGGAGCAGCUCAAGGAGGAGUUGCAAGAGAACCAGAGCACCCCGAAACGUGAGAGGCAAGAGUGGCUGCUGAGACAGAAGGAGAACCUGCAACACGCACAGGCCGAGGAAGAGGCGAACCUUCUGCGACGGCAGCGACACUACUUGGAAUUACAGUGCCGUCAGUACAGGCGCAAAGCCUUACUGUCCCGACACAACUUGGAACAGGACCUACUGCGCGAGGAACUGAACAAAAAGCAGACGCAGAAGGAUUUAGAGUGUGCGAUGUUACUGAGACACCACGAGUCAACGCAGGAGCAGGAGUUCCGGCACCUGAGCACUGUUCAGCGAACACGCACGGAACUGAUACGACUGCAGCACCAGACUGAGCUCAGUAAUCAACUGGAUUACAACAAGAGGAGGGAGCAGGAGCUGCGUCAGAAACACGUGGCGGAGAUUCGACAGCAGCCAAAAUGUCUUAAAUCGAAGGAGUUGCAGAUUAAGAAGCAGUUCCAGGACACAUGUAAGAUUCAGACUCGACAGUAUAAGGCUUUGCGGAACCAUCUCCUUGAAACGACGGUGAAGAGUGAGCACAAGGCUGUGCUGAAACGACUGAAGGAUGAGCAAACUCGAAAGCUAGCCAUUCUGGCUGAGCAGUAUGACCACAGCAUUAAUGAGAUGCUGUCCACCCAGGCACUCCGUCUCGAUGAGACACAGGACUCCGAAUACCAGGUCCUGAGAGCACAGUUGCAGCAGGAGCUCGAGUUGCUGAACGCUUACCAGAGCAAGAUCAAGAUGCACACUGAGGCGCAGCAUGAGCGGGAGGCCAAGGAGCUGGAGCAGAGAGUGUCCAUUCGGCGGGCACUGUUAGAGCAGAGGAUCGAGGAGGAGAUGCUAACGUUACAGACCCAGCGGACGGAGCGUAUUCGGAGUUUACUGGAACGACAAGCGCGGGAGAUCGAAGCUUUUGACUCGGAGAGUUUACGAUUGGGUUUCAGUAACAUGGCCCUGAGCAGCCUCCCCCCAGCUUCCGCCUUCACCCACUCGUACCAGGUCAGCCGAGGAGCCAGCAGAGGGGUGGGAGGCAGAGAGGGAGCAACAGCAGCGUCUGGGCCAGGCCCAGGCCCAGGCCCAGGGCCCGGCUCGGGGACACCUCAGGCCUGGAGACAGCAGCCGACGCUGGCUACGGGCUCCUGGGCUCACCCGGGCCCCGUCCCCGGGUCACGGGGGAGCAGCCUCGUUCUUCGCAGCAGCCCCCAGGCCCUUCACCAAACGGCUUCAGGAGGACAGGCUGAGGCUGGGAUCGGCCGCAGCACCAGCGUCACUUCCCAAAUCUCCAACGGCUCCCAACUCUCCUACUCCUGACCCCCACCGUGAGCACAAACAUCCUUCCUUCCUCCCUCACUCCUCCUACCCCAGCCCCGCAACCACCCCCCCACCCCACCUCUCCUCCACCCACCUCCCUCCCUCCCGCCCACCUCUGGGUGGACUGUGUCCUGUCUGCCUGCUGGUUUUUGUCUGGGUGAUGCUGUCACUGCUUUUCUCGAAGUGAAGAUAUGCUGUUUCUGUUCAUUGUGUCACUGUGGUGGUGUAUAAAAGAUUGGGACCUCGGUAUCUCUUGGUGUCCUGUUCACUCACCUGCCAAAAAACAAAACACACAGCUCCCCACAUACUCCCUGCCACAGAGAGCAGAGGCUGAAAUGCCGACUGUUUUCAGGGAGGAGUCAGAGAUAGUUCUCGGGGAGACAAGUGAGAGCAGGGGAUCAGCCCGGAUCCUCCCUUUUUUCUAUGUUUGAAGGCGAUCGAUGCGAUUCAAAAGGAUCUUAUCGUUGAUAGCGACCCUCCGAUUUCACUCGCAAUGUUGGCAACAUCAGAAACUUACAGGAAGCAAAAAAAAAUGAAAAAAAUACAGAAAUUUACUGAG